AUGGCUACUACUAAUACUUACACAACACGACAAGCUGCUUCGAUUGGUCUUCAACCGGGUAAUUUAGUUGGUGAAACACAUUAUGUUUCAGAAACCCAAAUAACACCACCGAUAAAACAACGUAUUCGAAGUACAAAACUUCUAAGUACGAAUAUAAGUCGAUGCCAAUGCUGUUGUCCACCAGUCGCAUCAUCUUUAUGUCGUUCAUGUUUAUGUCCAUGUUGGGCUUAUAUACUUAUUGGUAUUCUUCUUGCAUUACUUGUUGCAGCGUUAGCUGUGGAGCUUGGUUUUCUUGCUCUUAUUAAUAAUAUUUAUCAAGAUAUUUAUCGAGAUCUCUAUAACGUUUAUUUCAACAUGCUUCAAACGAGUUUCUUUCGUCGACCUUAUAGUAAUAAUACAUUAAUUUAUAAUUGGCAAGAAGAGCGAGCUGAUUAUGAUCAUUAUUUUGCUACAACAUACGAAUGUGGUUAUGGUACUAUUCGAGGCGAUCCACCUCGACCUGAAGUUCGUAAUCUUGAACUUCCACGUAAUUAUGCAUUUCCUGGUCAUCAACCGGAAUUUGAUUUUCCUGAAAUGAAAGCAUCAGUUAAUACAUACUUAACUGAAUAUCGUGCUGGUUAUUGUCGUAAUUGUCAACGUGCAUUGGCACCUGAUGAUCCAGCUUGGUCAACAACAACAAAAGUUUGUUUGCAUUGUAAAGAUCGCACAUAUACAGUUGAUCCAAAACCUGAACCAUAUACACUUACUGUUGAUUAUCGACAAGACCCAGCAGCUAAAAAUCGUUGUCUAGCUUGUAUGGAAAUUAAUACCGGUGUUAAAAAGAUCUAA